AUGUGGACGUAUCUCGCUCUUGCAUUGGCCGCUAUAGCCUCAGGCCAAACCACACUCGAUCAGCCGCCUGGUUCAAACACAUGGCCACCAACAUCAACGUUAGCAUCCACACUCAACCUUGCACCCAGUGUCACACCCAAUAUCAUCAAUCCAGAUGCGCCAGACGCGCAAAGAAUUUGCCCUGGAUACAAAGCAGCUAACGUCGUUACUUCCGACAACACUAUCACUGCAGACCUGUCUCUCGCCGGUCCUGCAUGCAAUGCGUACGGAAACGAAAUCUCAGACCUUAUCUACCCCAAAUACGUCACCCCAUCCAACAGAUCCUUGUACAUCUUGGACGAGUCUCUCAGUCCUAGUGGCAGAUUCUCUCAUGGGGGUACAAUUAGCAAUAGUGAUUUGAGGUUUGAGUGGAGUAAUGAUCCUACCUUCCAGUUCCGAGUGAGGCGUGCAAAGACUGGUGAGGCACUGUUUGACACCUACGGCCACAAGAUCGUGUUCGAAGACCAAUUCCUUGAGCUGGUCACGAACAUGGUCCCAGGGUAUAAUAUCUAUGGACUACCGGAAGCGAUACGUGGAAGCUUUCGCUUACCAAAUCAGUACACGCAAACCUUCUGGAAUCAAUACAAUGAGAUGAACGAUCAACCGAUUGAUGCGAAUAUGCAUAGCACGCACCCAGUCUACCUUGAGACCCGUUACAAUAAUGGGUCCUCCAAGUCUCAUGUGGUAUACGGUCGCAACCUCCACGGUCAAGAAUGGCUUCUACGCCCCGAUCGUAUCAUCUACCGGACAAUCGGUGGCAGCUUCGACUUCUACUUCUUUAGUGGUCCUUUGCCAACGGAGGCUCUGGCGCAGCAGCAGCUUGGUGUAAUUGGCACACCUGUCAUGCAGCCUUACUGGGCGCUUGGUUUCCAUCAAGUUCGUUGGGGCUACCAGAACUGGACUGUUCUACAAGAAAUCAUCGAUGGAUAUGCAGCUGCGAAUAUCCAACUCGAAGCUAUCUGGAACGACUUGGAUUACCUGUUUCAGUAUCGCAUCUUUACCCAUGAUAAUAAUACAUAUCCCAUCCAUGAAGGCAUAGAGUUUCUCGCUAAGCUACAUGCAAACGGUCAAUACUGGAUGCCUAUCCUCGACCCCAACGUAUAUGUGCCGGCACCAGGCAACGGGACUGACGCAAAUCCCACCUACGAUCGCGGCAAAGUACUUGAUCUCUAUAUCAAGCGUGGAGAAGGGCACACAGAUGACUACGUCGGCAUCCAGUGGCCAGGCUUCAGCGUAUGGCCCGACUUUUUGCAUAACGCGACUCAAAACUUUUGGACGAACGAGAUGCAGUUGUACCAUGAUCAGCUUCCAUUUGAUGGUCGGUGGCUGGACAUCUCUGACUUGUCAUCGUGGUGCACUGGCUCUUGUGGGACAGAGAGACUUGCGGACAAUCCAAUCCACGUGCCUUUCAAGCUGCCUGGAGAGCCUGGGCACUCACUCCUGCGUCAAGCGGUUGCUCCCUACGCCACGCACAAUGAUGGACUUAACACGACCGAAUACGAGCUGCACAAUACCCACGGCUACGUCUCUGGUAAAGCAACCUACAACGCGCUCCUGUCUGUGUUCCCAGGAAAACGUCCGUUCUGGAUUGCGCGAUCAACAUCACCCGGCUCCGGUGCUAUAACUGGUCACUGGGGCGGCGACACAAACUCGCGUUGGGGUAACAUGUACAUGACGAUUCCUCAAGCACUGACCUUCAGCAUAGCUGACAUUCCUUACUUUGGUGUCGAGACGUGCGGCUUCAACGGAAAUGCCGAUAUGGAGCUCUGCACGCGAUGGAUGCAGCUCAGUGCUUUUUUCCCUCUGUAUCGCAACCACAACUCUCGCAACACAAUUGCACAGGAAGCAUUCAGGUGGGCGACUACUGCGGAAGCGACCCGUCGCGUGAUGGAUGUGCGGUUCCGUCUCUUGCCCUACCAAUACACACUCUUUCAUGCUGCGCACAAGCGCGGUGAAACAGUGUUGCGCGCGUUGUCAUGGAACUUUCCCGAGGACGAGUCGCUGAAAAGUGUUGAUAAUCAGUUCAUGCUCGGACCUUCCAUCUUGAUCACGCCGGUACUAGCUCCCCUGUUGCGCGUCUCACAAGGAGUGUUCCCCGGUGCGCCACAUACGCGGUGGUACGAUUGGUAUACGCUCAAAGAGGUGCACGCCCAGCCGGGUCAGAAUGUAACAUUAGAUGCACCGCUUGAGCACAUCCCGGUGCACAUGCGUGGUGGCAGCAUUAUCGCAAGUCAGAAGCCUGGAAAUACGACCAAAACAACCAGGAUGAACCCGUGGAGCAUUCUAGUCGCGCUCGACGAUAAGCGGGAAGCCAAAGGGGAGCUUUACCUCGACGACGGUGUGAGUCAGGAGCCCGCUGACAUCAAGGAGAUCAAGUUCUCGUUUGCUAACGCCACCUUGAGUACGUCAGUUACUGGCUCCUACCAAGACACCAAUGCGUUAGCCAAUAUCACGAUCGCUGGCUGGUUCCAAGACAACAGUCUUGCCGAAUGUAGCACUAUCAAGAUCAUGUCUGGGGGAAGAAAUGUAGACUUGGGCAACGUCAAAAUCGCAAGCGACAACGGCGCCAUGCAUGUGACGGGGCUGGAAGGUGUGGCCAACGCGUUCCAUGCGAACCUAUCUAUCAUCUUCAUGUAG